AUGGAGACACUCGUCUCGCAGAACCCGUACCAGAAGCUGUACAACAAGAAUGUGCCCCAGAUCCGGCUGAUCGACCCUGAUGGGGAUAGCCAUGCUCAGAAAUCGAUCUCGUGCGAGGUGCUGCACGCGACGCCAGCCAUCGCCAUGGGGGAUGGCCAAGGACGGCCGAACCUAAAGACGCCCGUCAGCCGGCAGACCGCCUACGUCAAUCUACCCAAAACGACGCCGAAACGCCCCGGGUCGGCAAAGAGUUACGCGCUCGAAGUCCGAUUCCGCGAGCCAGCCGAGUAUGAAGAGGCGGCCGGGCCAAGCGAGAUGUACGACGUGCUGAACGACUACCAGGCGGCCAACGACGACGAGCUGUCGCUCCGCCACGGAUCCGUUGUGCGGCUAGUGUCGAGAAAGACUGGCGAAAGCGAGUGGUUCGUCGGUGAAUACCACGGGAGGCGGGGCUUAUUUCCGGUCACCCACGUGCGAUUGCUUGGCGUGGAGGCCCCAAUUGUAAACAUGAAGCGCGAGGCCGUGAUGUUCCACCGCUUCUCGCACCCGAACGUCGUCAAGCUGCACGGCAUCUGCCUGGACACCGGCUUCGAGGGGUUGCUGUUGGAAUUGUGUGAAGGGAACACCCUGGCCCAGGUGCUGCAGAAGUUCUCCAGUGUGGCGAUGGGUGCCGGAGUGGUGGUGGGGUGGGGGGCGCAAAUAGCCUCUGCCAUGUCCCAUUUGGUCGAGCACGGCUGUGUGCAUCGCGAUCUGAAGGCCGAUAAUGUAUUGGUGAAGGAACCGGUGUGCAAGUGUAUCCUGAGAAGCCCGGCUUCAACGCCGACUGGGGAUCCGACCAAGUCCGGCCGAUGCUCGAUCUGUGAAGGGUACCCGCUUCGCGAUCUCACCCUCAAAAUCACCGAUUUCGGACUCACCCGCGAGGCCAGCGAUGAUAGGCAAGGAUUUUGCGAAUUGAUGGUUUUU